CACCGCAGCACUCUUAAUCAUAAGUCAUUUCCUAUAGCUAUACGAAGAUCAGAAUAUAGUCAAAUGUUCCUCUCGUGGUUCCUGUGCCUGUGGUGUAGCUGUAGGCGCCCACUUUAGUUGCAUUUACGAUGUGGGUUGCUCUCUUCCGUGAAAAGAGUCAGUUUCGAAGCUAGUUGGCCUUGGUAGCUGGCAUGCCAUUCCUGUAAGGGCCGGCGUUAGUAGAGCAAGCGGGGACGGGAGCGCUCACGCGACUCCCAAGUCGAACUGCGCAAUGCUAGUUUUUUUGGAAUCGGUAACGAUAGAGUUUUGAGGGGUCGAGACAUGAGGAACAUCCUGAAUACUUGCGGCCAAAGUCACGCGCUCUUACGUUCUGGUGGGGCAUGGAUCAUCGUCGGUCGAGGGCAUGGGCGGUAGGCGUAUUAUAUCGUCGAUGCGGGAGGACCUGCUGCCUGUUCCAAUGAUCAGCUGAAAUUUUGCUGAUUUGGACUUUGGGAGAGAUGCGCUCUGUAGUAUGCGACUACUUUCUGGAAGAUAAGAGCCCUCUAUCCUAGUGCAUCUAUGUAUCACUACUUCACUCAAGAAGAAUAGGACACUUCCAGAAGACAGCGUCAAUUCAAGGAUUUCAAAUUCAAGGAUUGGAAAUGAUUUCAAUUCACGGAUUUCAAAUUCAAUCUGAAACAAUUUAGUUUCUUCUUGAAUCCUCGAAAAAUAUUCAGUUUAUUACAUCUUUUUCGAAUUCAUUUCCUGGUGGUUCACUCUUUCUGACAUUUCACUUCGUGCCUUUUUGUCUCUGGAUACACCUUGAAACGACUAGCAUAGCACGAAGUGCAGCUUAGUAAUAGGAGUUUGGGGCAACAAAUUUGCAUGAUUGUUGUUGUUCUAUUGUUUUGGAGAUUAAAGAGUAGCUUUUUAGGUUCUAGGUCUUCCACUAGCCAGUCCUUGUUCGAAAUACAUCGCCAGAACCCGUUGGUAUUACAGCUCUCUGGCGUUAGAGUAACCAAGACGAAACAACACCCCGCAGACCUCACGCUUCUACUUUUGUCCCAAGUGGACCGAGAACCUGCAUGCACAUGAUCAUAACUAGUGGGAGCCUUAUCGUCUUUAUAUU